AGCUAAUCGGAAAGCUUCUUUAAUCUACUCUACUGUUGUUUAUCUUCGUCCACAGCUACUCUCUGCAACCAACUGAAUAUCCCACGACUCGAGCUCUGUCUCUUCCAUAGGGGUGGUUCCUCUCCUAGACGGCCCCCGUUGAGGAUGUUGUUAUCGGCGUUGGCCUUCCUCUUCCCGUCGGCGCUCGCCGCUCAGCCCUCCGCGCCGUCUCCCAUCUCCGCUCCCCUGCGAGACCUCGAGUUCGGGCAACUGAAUUUCCUCCAUACAACUGAUACUCAUGGCUGGCUGGCUGGUCACUUGCAGGAGCCAUCCUUCUCGGCGGACUGGGGGGACUAUAUCUCGUUCUCAGAGCGCAUGCGGGAAAAGGUAGAAGCGCAAGGACAAGAUUUGCUGGUCAUCGAUACGGGUGACCGGGUCGAAGGCAAUGGUCUUUAUGAUUCGUCCGAGCCGAAAGGUGUUUAUCUCUCGGAGAUUCUCCGCCAUCAACACAUCGAUGUGAUCACAUCGGGAAACCAUGAACUAUACAAACAGAACACUUCGGAGUCCGAGCUCCUACACACCGUACCUAAUUUUCGGGGCAAAUACCUCGCCUCGAACAUUGAUAUCUAUCACCCCGAGACCGGCGAGCUCGUGCCGUUGGCCCCGCGGUACAAGAAGUUUACUACUAAGCAGCAGGGCAUUCGCAUCGUAGCAUUCGGCUUCUUGUUCGAUUUUACCGGAAACUAUAAUAACACGAUUGUGCAGCGCGUGGAGGAUACGAUCAAAGAGGACUGGUUCCAAGAAGCCAUCCGGGAUAGGGACGUCGAUCUCUUUCUAGUGGCUGGCCAUGUUCCCGCGCAUUCGUCAGAGUAUCGGGCGAUCUAUGAAGAGAUUCGCAGGAUCCGGUGGGACACUCCCAUUCAGUUCUUCGCCGGACACCAACAUAUCCGUGACUAUGCAAAAUACGAUUCCAAAGCCGUUGCCCUUGCCAGUGGCCGGUUCAUGGAGACCAUUGGGUUCAUGUCGAUCGACGGGCUCUCCACCAGCAAUGGGCCGAGCAAAGCAUUACAACCCACGUUCAAGCGGCGCUAUAUUGACAACAACCUCUUUUCCUUCUACCAUCAUACUGGACUGAAUGCAGAUUCUUUCCCAACGAAAAAGGGUCGCAAGGUCUCCCAGCUGAUCGCCGAGUCACGGACUGCACUCCAGCUUGACCAGGUGCACGGAUGUGCGCCGCGGGACCUGUGGAUGUCGAGAGUCCCAUAUCCAAAUCCGGACAGCAUCUAUACAUGGCUGGAGACCAAGGUGCUGGCUGAGACGUUGAAAGAUGAAUCUCGAGGCGAGAGGCCUUCCGUGGCGAUCUUGAACUCGGGUGCCAUCCGCUUCGACAUUUUCCGGGGUACCUUCACACAGGACACUACCUGGACCAUCUCCCCAUUCACCAAUGGAUUCCGCUAUGUAAAGGACGUUCCAUACGAGAAGGUCCAACUGAUCAUGGAGGUUCUUAACAAACAGACCCGGAUCUUGUCCACGAUGCAAGACAAGACAGAGCCAUCGUUGCUCCCUCUAGUCUCUCCCGAGCAGCUCGCGCGUCCUGAAGAAAUUAUCAUCGAAGACGAUGAACCCUUAGACCACUGGUCCUCUUCUGCAAUGGGCGGCUCAAACCAAAUCCCGCUCUCUUCUUCUAACACUGCUGGCAAGCUUGUGCCCGGAUACACAACCAAGGAUGACGCUGGCGAGGAUGGAGAUGAUACCAUCCACGCGCCAAUCUCUUUCUAUAAGGUGCCCAACUGUAUUCAAGCAUUGAUUUCUGCCAAUACUUCCGGUGUCCCCGAGAAGGUGGAUUUGAUUUAUAUUGAGUUUGUGCAACCGUAUCUGGCGCUGGCUGCCAAGUUUGCGGGUCUUGAACUUGAUUUUGUCAGGGAGAGUGAUGUUUAUAUGCCGAAUAUCACUUUGACGGAUCUUAUCUUGGGGUGGGUGAGGAAGCACUGGAAGUGCGAGUGAUAGAUACUUGUAUUAUGUCUACACCUUUAUUCCCUGGUUAUUAUGAAUUGUUCUUAUCAAGCAUGUAUAGCUACUACAGUAUGUAUCUGAAUACACAUGUUAUACUUAACAGCC